CAGCGGUGGUCAGGGACUCGCUACGCCCACGUCUGAUUUCUGCAGAGUUAAUUUAGCGAUGGCCGAUACGCCUCUUCAACCAACCGAACCUCCAAAGGCCAAGUCCUGGCUACCUGCGAGGUCAUAUACCCAUUUCAUUGCGGGAGGACUUGGGGGAAUGUGCGGGGCGAUUGUGACCAGCCCUUUUGACGUUGUGAAGACGAGGUUACAGUCUGAUCUGUUCCGGCAACAACAUCCUGUCAACGCGGGUGCACAAAGAACAGGGGGGCUUCUCUGGAAUUUUGUGGAGACGGGUCACAUUCUCCGUGAUAUAUACCGAGACGAGUCUCCCCGCGCGCUCUUCAAGGGCUUGGGCCCGACACUGGUCGGCGUCAUCCCCGCCCGGUCCAUCAAUUUCUUCACCUAUGGCAACGGCAAGCAGAUCAUUGCGAACCACUUCAACGACGGCCAGGAGAACGCGUACGUGCACCUCACCGCGGCCGCGAUCGCGGGCAUAUGCACCGGUACGGCGACGAACCCGAUCUGGGUCGUCAAGACGCGCCUGCAGCUCGAGCAGUCGCGGCACCGGCACCAGCACGCCAAGCCGUCGUUCUUUACGCGCGCGCCGCGCGAGAGGGUGGUGGGGAAGAGCUGGUCGGUGAUCAGGAAGAUCGCGCGCGAGGAGGGCCUGCGGGGGUUUUACAAGGGCCUCAGCGCGAGUUAUUUGGGCGUGACGGAGGGGACGAUACAGUGGACGCUGUAUGAGCAGCUGAAGCGGCUCUCGGCCCGGACGCAGGGCAAGGGCGGCUGGCAGGAGUGGGCGGGGAUGGUGGGCAGCGCCGGCACGGCGAAGUGCGUCGCCAGCCUCAUCACGUAUCCCCACGAGGUUUUGAGAACGCGGCUACGGCAGCCGCUCGUGGACGGCAAGGUGAAGUACACCGGCCUGCUGCAGACCCUCAAGCUGGUCAUCGCCGAGGAGGGCGCCAGGUCGCUCUACGGCGGGCUCAGCGCGCACCUUAUGCGCGUUAUCCCGAAUGCGGCGGUGAUGUACUCCAUCUACGAGGCCGUCCUCCGAUGGGAAGGAGCAUGAUGUCCCUCCCUUAUUCGGCUCUCCUCUCUCCCGCCUCCUCGUCACUCAAACACAACUGGUAUCGGCGAGCUCGCGUUGGCGGGCCCGCUCUCAAAAAGUAUGUCGACGCCAUGCUCUGCUCCGCUCCGUCAGUCACUCCGCAACACCUCGCAUAAUGUACAUCAACUGCUAGACGGACCACGUUCUCAGGCAACGAAACGCAACGCACCACCCCACUCAUACCCACCUAGUCUUAUUCUUCGCAUUUAUUGUAUUCCUAUAUAAUCGGUAGACUGUACAUGGCACCGUUAGUUGAGGAAUGCAUAGCACCCUCUGACGAUCC